AUGGACGUUCCGCCGGCCAAGGAUAUUAAAAUUUUAGAAACAGUUCAGGAGAUUCAAGACCGCCGAAAGACCGUUCUCAGUCGCUACGAUGCCUUCAAGGAUGGCUCGAAGAGUAAGCGCUCCAAGUUGGAGGACUCUCGCCGUUUCCAGUACUUCAAGCGAGAUGCCGACGAGCUGGAGUCGUGGAUCAACGAAAAGCUGCAGACUGCCUCGGAUGAGUCCUACAAAGACCCCACCAACCUUCAGGCGAAAAUUCAAAAACAUCAAGCCUUUGAGGCCGAGGUGUUGGCUCAUUCCAACGCCAUCGUUGAGCUCGACCAGAACGGUUUUGAGAUGAUUUCGCAGAAUCACUAUGCAUCGGAAGUGAUCAAGGAUCGCCUCGACGAGCUGCAUCGCCUGUGGGAUCUGCUGCUUUCCAAACUCAACGACAAGGGCUACAAACUUCAGCAGGCCCUGGUGCUGGUGCAGUUUCUUCGCCAGUGCGAUGAGCUGAUGUUUUGGAUCAAGGACAAGGAAGCGAUUGUCGCCUCCGAUGACAUCGGCCACGACCUCGAGCACGUCGAAGUGCUGCAGCGCAAGUUCGACGAGUUCAAGAAGGACAUGGCCAGCCAGGAGUUUCGCAUCAACGAGAUCGACCAGAAGGCAGCGGAGCUGAUUCAGGCAGAUCACACGGAGAAGGAGCAGAUCAGCCGCCGAGCGGCGGAGAUUCACGAGGCCUGGGCUCGCCUGCUGGAGCUGAAGAAGCGACGAGAGGAGAAGCUGUUUGGCGCCCACGAGAUUCAGCGCUUCAACCGCGACGCCGAUGAGGCCAUUUCGUGGAUCAACGAAAAGGACGCCAUCAUCUCCACGGACGACUACGGGCGCGACCUCGUCUCGGUGCAGAACCUGCAGCGGAAGCACGAGGGCGUCGAGCGCGACCUGGGCGCCCUCGCGGAGAAGGUCGACCUGCUGAGUCAGGAGGCGGACCGCCUCUGCGAGAAGCACCCCGACCUGGCCGAGCAGACGCAGGCGAAGCAGCGGGAGAUUGAGGGUGCCUGGCGGCAGCUGCAGAGCAAGUCCGCCGAGCGGCGCGUCAAGCUGGAGCACUCCUACCUGCUGCAGCAGUUUCUCGCCGACUACCGCGACCUGAUCAGCUGGAUUCACGACAUGAAGACCAUCAUCUCCUCGGACGAGCUGGCGAAGGACGUGGCCGGGGCGGAGGCGCUGCUCGAGCGCCUGCAGGAGCACCAGAGCGAGAUUGAGGCGCGCAAGGACGCCUUUGCCGCCUUCAAGGUCUCCGGGCAGUCGUUGAUUGACAACGGCAUUUCGCCGGCUGAGGUGGGCGAGAAGAUGGCCGCCCUCGAGUCGGAGUACGAGUCGCUGAUUCAGCUGCGUGAGGAGCGCCGUAUCCUCUACGAGCAGUGCAUGGACCUGCAGCUCUUCUACCGCGACACCGAACAGGCGGAGACGUGGAUGACGAAGCACGAGACCUUCCUCCUCAAUGAAGACCUGGGCGACUCGCUGGACUCGGUGGAGGCGCUGCUGAAGAAGCACGACGACUUCGAGAAGACGCUCGCUACGCAGUCAGAGACGGUGAACAACCUGGACAAGUUCGGCGAACGGCUGAUCGAGGCGCAGCACUACGCCAAGGAGGACAUUCAGGAGCGCCGGGAGGUGCUGCUGCAGCGGCGGUCGCAGAUCCUCGAGCGCAGCGCCAAGCGGCGCAACCUGCUGAUGGAGGCCUACCAGCUGCAGCAGUUUGAACGGGACUGCGACGAGAUCAAGGGCCUCAUCACCGAGAAGCUGAAGACGGCCAUUGACGAGAACUACCGCGACCCGACGAACAUCAACGGGAAGCUGCAGAAGCACCAGCAGUUCAACCAGGAGCUGGAGGCGAAUCGCGGAAGAGUGGAGGAGGUCAAUGAGACCGGCAAUGAGCUGGUGGAGAAGAAGCACUACGCCGCGGAGCACAUCAAGGCGCGCGUCGCGGAGAUCAACGAGCUGUGGUCCGCCGUGAACGACUCCUCGGAGAAGAAGGGCUCCAAGCUGAUGGAGGCCUCCUCGCAGCAGAAGUUUAACCGAAACGUCGAGGACGUCGAGCUGUGGCUCUCCGAGAUGGAGAGUCAAAUCGUCUCGGAGGACGUCGGCAAGGACCUCACCUCGGUGCAGAACAUGCUGAAGAAGCACGCGCUGAUUGAGUCUGACAUUGCCUCGCACCAGGACCGCAUUGACGAUAUUGCCCGCCAGGCGGACAAGUUUGUCGAGGACGGGCACUUUGAUGCGGAGAGCAUCAAGGCGAAGCAGGCGGCCCUCAAUGAUCGCUACCACUCGCUGAAGACGCCGCUGAACCGCCGUAAGGCUCGCCUGAAUGACGCCCUCAAGGUGCAGCAGCUCUUCCGGGACAUUGAAGACGAGGAGGCGUGGAUCCGCGAGAAGGAGCCCAUUGCCGCGUCCACCAACCGAGGCCGUGACCUGAUUGGCGUGCAGAACCUAAUGAAGAAGCACCAGGCGAUGAUUGCGGAGAUCAACAAUCACGAGCACCGCAUUCGCACGGUGGAGCAGGUGGGCGAGGACAUGAUCCACACGGGGCACUUUGCCUCGGAGGACAUCAACCGCCGCCUGGUGUGGCUCAAUGAGCAGUGGCACUCGCUGAAGGAGAAGGCCGCCCGGCGCAAGCAGGACCUGGAGGACUCGCUGCAGGCGCAGCAGUACCUCGCCGACGCCAAUGAGGCGGAGUCGUGGAUGCGCGAGAAGGAGCCCAUCGUCGGCAGCGACGACUACGGCAAGGACGAGGACUCGACGGAGGCGCUGCUGAAGAAGCACGAGGCCAUCAUGGCCGACCUGGAGGCCUUCGAGAAUACGAUUCGAAAUCUGCGCGGCCAGGCGCAGUCCUGUCGCCAGCAGGAGGCGCCCUCCGGAGAGUACGUGCCCGGCCGCGAGGCAGUGGUGGCGCUGUACGACUAUGCGGAGAAGUCGCCGCGCGAGGUGUCGAUGAAGAAGGGCGACGUGCUGACGCUGCUGAACGCCUCCAACAAGGACUGGUGGAAGGUGGAGGUGAACGACCGCCAGGGAUUUGUGCCCGCCGCCUAUGUGCGCCGAGUGGAUGAGAGCCUCUCCGCCAGCCGCCAGCACCUGCUCAGCCAGAACUCCCUCUCGGCGCGACAGACGCAGAUUGAGGCGCAGUACGAGUCGCUGCUGCAGCUGGGCAGAGAGCGAAAGCGCAAGCUGGAGGAGGCCUGCCGCGGCUACCAGCUGAUUCGCGAGGCCGCCGAGCUCACCCAGUGGGUGAAGGACAAGGAGCAGGUGGCCUCGGUGGGCGAGGUCGGCGAGGACCUGGAGCACGUCGAGGUGCUGCAGAAGAAGUUCGACGACUUUCUCUCCGACCUCAAGUCGAAUGAGGUCCGCCUGACGGAGAUGAACCAGAUGGCGAAUCAGCUGGCCGACCUGGGGCAGACAGAGGCGGCCAACAAGAUCAACCGACAGGUGGAGGAGCUCAAUCAGAAGUGGGUGCACCUCCAGGAGAUGACCUCCAGUCGGGAGCAGCAGCUGGCGUCCGCACAUGAGGUGCAGCGUUUCCACCGGGACAUUGACGAGACGAAGGACUGGAUCAGGGAGAAGGACGAGGCGCUGGACACUGACGACGAGGGCAGCGACCUGCGCUCGGUGCAGACGCUGCAGCGCAAGCACGAGGGCCUGGAGCGGGACCUGGAGGCGCUCUACGAGAAGGUGAAGCAGCUGGACAAGACGGCGGCCAACAUUGAGCACCGCCACCCGGAGUCGGCGGAGCAGACGCGCGAGAAGCAGACGGAGAUCAUCGAGGAGUGGAACAAGCUGCGCAUCAAGGCCAAUGAGCGCCGCGUGAAGCUCUCCAACUCGUACGAGCUGCAGCGCUUUCUCAACGACCACAGCGACCUGAUGCUGUGGAUCAACUCGAUGAGCAGUCUGGUGUCCUCGGACGAGCUGGCCAGUGACACCAUCGGCGCGGAGGCGCUGCUGGAGCGCCACGGCGAGCUGUGGACGGAGAUUCACGCCCGGCGGACCAACUACAACACCAUCGAGGAGUUCGGCCAGCGGCUGAUUCGCAACCAGCACUACGCCGCCGAUCUGGUGAAGGAGAAGCUGGGCGCCCUUUACCACGCCUUCCAGGACCUAGAGCGCGCCUGGACGGAGCGCAAUGAAAAGCUGCGCCAGUGCCUCGACCUGCAGCUCUUCUACCGCGAGUGCGAGCAGGCGGAGAGCUGGAUGGCCAACCGGGAGUCCUUCCUCACCUCGCCCGACGACGACGACAACGUCGACAUACUGAUCAAGAAGCACGAGGACCUCAACAAGGCCAUUCGCAUUCAGGAGGAGAAGAUUGAGAAUCUGAAACGGCUGGCGGACAACCUGGUGGAGAACAACAACUACGCGAAGGAGUCGAUUGAGGACAAGCGCGACCAGGUGCUGGAGCGGUGGAAUCUGCUGAAGGAGGCGCUCAUUGAGAAGCGCAGCAAGCUGGGCGACACGCAGACGCUGCAGCAGUUCUCCCGUGACGCCGACGAGAUCGAGAAGUGGAUCACUGAGAAGAUGCAGAUGGCAAUGGACGAGUCGUACAAGGACCCGACCAACAUUCAGUCGAAGCACCAGAAGCACCAGGCCUUCGAGGCGGAGCUGAGCGCCAACCAGGAGCGCAUCCAGCAGAUACUCGCCAUGGGCGACAAUCUGAUCGACAAGGAUAAGUGCUCGGGCAGCGACGAUGCCGUUCGCCAGCGGCUGACGAUCAUCACCGAGCAGUGGAAGUACCUGACGGAGAAGACCACCGAGAAGUCGGUGAAGCUGAAGGAGGCGAAUAAGCAGCGCUCCUACAAUGCCGCCAUCAAGGACAUUGACUUCUGGCUGGGCGAGGUGGAGUCACUGCUCAAGUCGGAGGACGUCGGCAAGGACCUCAACUCAGUGCAAAAUCUGAUCAAGAAGCACCAACUGGUGGAAGCGGACAUCAUCGCCCACGAGGACCGCGUCAAGGACAUGAACGUGCUGGCGGACUCGUUGAUUGACGCCGGCCAGUUUGACACCAACGUCAUCCAGGAGCGACGCGCCUCCAUCAACGAGCGCUACGAGCGCAUUCGCACGCUGGCCACCUACCGACGAAAUCGGCUGAAUGAGGCGAACACGCUGCACCAGUUCUUCCGCGACAUUGCCGACGAGGAGUCGUGGAUCAAGGAGAAGAAGCUACUGGUCUCCUCCGACGACUACGGCCGCGACCUGACCGGCGUGAAGAACCUCCACAAGAAGCACAAGCGCUUCGAGAAUGAACUGGCCGCCCACGAGCCGACCAUCCAGGCGGUACAGGAGGCCGGCCAGAAGCUGAUGCUCGAGUCGAAUCUGGGC